CCCUCUCUGCACAAAGCUCAGUGUGCACACUACGGUCUCAUCCACGCAGGGAGUGCGCAGCGCUCGCACGACGGAUCGUUCCACUUUGAAACUUGAGCCCAGUUUGCGUGCAACCUGCGUCUAACCCUUUUGGUGGACUGUUUUCGUCUUCUUUUUUUUGUCUUAUUUUCCACCGAAUACCGCCGUAGUUCUUUUUUUUUCCCCCGCUGUGGCUCACCCCAGCAAAUAGUCGCACCCCGAGCACAAGUCGGGGACCAGUGAAGAGACGAGCCUGCGGGAAGAAGUCUGGACACUUAAAAGCACCAUGAGCAUGCAAACGGUGAACCUUGAUACCUACAGCCUGUCACUGCUCACGGCCAAGGAGGAUAUCCUCAACCAUCGCUCCUCCACCAACUGGGCUUUAUUUGUUUACGAAGGCCUCACCAACAAGCUCAAACUAGCUGACUCAGGGGUGGGCGGUGUUGCAGAGUUGGCCAGCAAGUUCCAUGCAUCCAAGCCACAAUAUGGACUGUGCAGAGUGGGAAGUGCAGACACAGGAGGCCCCCGCAUUGCUAUGAUCGCCUGGGUUGGUGAACAUGUGGAAGAAUACCGCCGGACGGAAUGUGCCAGACACAUUCCAGCCAUCAAACACUUCUUCAAGGAGGCGCACGCCUUCAUUAGUGCUAACAAAGCGGAUGACGUGACAGAGGAGAAGAUAAGAGCCGAGCUCAGCAAGGCUCAAGCUCAUCCUCAGUGGGCCAAGAAGAGCUCCAGGUUCUCAGAAAGGGAGGACAUAGUUGGUACAAACUAUAGGAAGACCAAUGCUGCAAUGGAGAUGCGACUCAUCAACAGAGACUCUUUUUGGGCACGUGCAGAGCGGGAAGAAGAACUGAGGAAGGAAGAGGAGAGGAGACGAGCUGUUGAUGAGAGACGGCGGCUGGAACGAGAACGAGUUUUGAAGGAACGGAAAGAAUCAGAAGAGAGAGAUCGAAAAAUGAAUGAGAAACUACGGCUGAUAGAGGAGCAAAGACGAAAGCAGGCAGAGCAAGAGGAAGAACUGCGCAGAAAGGAGAAAUUUAGAUGGGAACAACAGCAGAGAGAGCAUGAGGACGACAUGAGGGCUCGUCUGAGAAGGAGUGAGUCCAUCGAGAAGGCUGCAGAGGCAGCGGUGUUAGUGUCCCAGCGCUCUAUGAACCCUCGGGAGUUCUUCAGGCAGCUGUCGUCAUCGUCAUCGCAAAGUCCAACAAGCCCGGGAUCUUCACGUGCCGGCAAGCCAUUCCGACGAUACCAGCGCAGCCUGACCGACACCGCUUUCAUCUUCUCUAAAGCAGAAGCCAGCACGCCAACCUCCCCGCUCAGUUCUCCCUUCGUUUCCCCCUUCUCUCGGGCCCCUCCCUCGCCCACCCGCGCCACAUCUCCUCCCACGUGCCCCGUUUUCCGUCCUCUCCCCUCUCCCACCAGGACCAAAGUCUCCCCCGUGUCACCGCCCACGUCCCCACUUCGGAAUGCCCCUUCGACCUCAGCGCCAGUGCCUGUAGUGCCCCCUGCUAACCAGCAACCUGUUGCUGAGACCAAAGCUCCGUCACCCACAGUGCCCUCUGCGCCGCCAGCCUCCAUUAAUCUGGACGCCUCCUUAUUCUUUGGCAUGGAAACAAGCAUUCCUACUGAGUCACUCCCCAGGGUUCCGCCAUCCUCACCCCCGAAUACGCCGGUCGAGCCAGAGCCUUCCACUUUUGACUUCGAAGGUCCACCUCCACAGCCUCCAUCAUCUCCUCUUCCUGAGAUCCCGCAACUUAACACCGACCUCCACACCACCAUGUUUGUGCGUACCGACACUGGCUACAAAGCGCAAGCCGUACUGCUGGAAGUAGACGAGGAGGAGGACGACGUAGAGGAGAAGGAGUUGCUAGAAGAUGCGGCGGUGAAUGAAACGGAGGUAGAAGGUGCGGAGGAGAAGAACGAGGCGCAAGAAGACGAAGAUGAGAAAGCUGAUUUUCAACAGCAGCCUUGUGAAUCCACUGAGGAGCCAGCCCAGGCUGAGUCAGAGGAACAGCCGCAGGUGAAGGAAGGGCAGAUGGUGCAGCAGGAGGACGAACGGGAAUCGGAGCAAGAUGGUGAGCGUGCAGCAGAAGAAAAAACUGAGGAGGUGUGUGACGAUGAAGAGGAGGUCGAUGACGAUCAAGAGCACAAUGAGCAAUUUGAGGACAUCCGGAGCCCAGACGAAACCGCCGAUCUUUCGGGAAAAGACAUAAAGUCUGAGCCGACAGAUGAAGGUCAAAUCAUCAUUUCAGAUGAGGACCACGUUUGUCAAACCGUCAAGCUUGAGACGGUGGUCCUGCCAACUAACGGAUUCGCGCAUGGAGAAGAAGAGAAUGGCAUCGGGAGAUCUUUGAGCCCGUCUGAUGCCGAAAUCAGCUCGCCAGAGCUGAGCGGGUGUUAUGACCUGCACAACGCCGCAGAGAGCGAUGGCAUCGACGAAGAGAAGGAGACGUCAGAAAAUGGGCAAAAGUUAUUAGCUGAGCAACUUCUAUGCGUCAGAGCGCUGUACGACUACCAAGCAGAGGACGCAUCUGAGAUCUCCUUUGAACCUGGUGACAUCAUCCGGGACGUGGAAACGGUGGAUAAAGCUUGGUGGAGGGGGUGGAGCAAAGAUGGACGCCAAGGCUUGUUCCCUGCCAAUUACGUGGAGACCAUAUAGCACAUCCGCGCACACACACACACACACACACACACACACACACACACACACACACACACACACGCACACACACUAGCACUCUCAGGGACGCCAUCAUCCCUCACAAUUUAACCUUUGUGUUCCCAUCCAGUCUCUGUAUUUUCCAUAAAGUGUGAAGAGAAAUACGAUUGUAUGUAUCGUCAUGUUCCUUGAUUUCAAAAAAUAAAAUACAAUAAAAAAAAAAGGAAAAAAAAUCUACAAUAUUUUCACACUUAAGUGAUAACAAAGCCUCACAUUCUCAAACAAAAGAGUCAGGACCUUUUUAUUUGGGACCAAAACAUUGUACUUCCUCAGGAGUAACUGAAGGAAUGUUGGUGGGCGGGAUCACAUCACAUCCUAAUGACAAUUGAUCACAAACUUGCUUUUUCUUUUAAGAAACACAAAACAGAUUUUGUAUUGUGUGUGUGCAUGUGUGUAUAAGUUUUCUUGUGGAGUCAAACAUAUAAGAAACAUUCAUUCCUCAUUACAAAAACUUACUUCACUGCUCAUAACUACACAGUAUAAUCAAAAUAUACAUGUAGACCUCAACUUAUAAUCAUCUCCUCAACUUUCCUGAGAUAUUUUACAGCACUAUAUUUGUUACUGACAGUCUUUUAUAUCUUGAUUAACUGCUGCGAAACACAGCGGCAGAGUUGAAAGGCUCUGCAUCAAUCUUGGAGGCUAUGCUGUGUUUUGUUGUCAUGGUGAUGUCUAUACUUACAUCGUUUGAUUAAGUUGUCUUCUGUUGCCCCCCGCUGGAUUUUAAUUAAGUCAUAUAACACCGAAAAACAUCUUCAGACUGGAAUCGGCUUAAAUACAAUCAUACCCUGUAUAUAAAAAUGUACAGCGACAACAAACAUUUCCUUUUCGGGUUGUAUAUUGAAUGUUGUAUGGUUAUUUUGUUUGUAUUUACUCCAGACUUAACAAAGAUAUGCAAACUGUUUUAUUAAAAUGUUUCUCUCCCAUC